AUGCCCAGUGCAUACCCCAUGACGGCCCCAGUCCCGAAGACAAUCGGCAUAAUCGGCGCCGCCAUCGCGGGCCCGACUUUCGCCCUCCACGUCCUCACCCAUCCCGUCCUCCGCGCCCGCUACCGUCCGGUCCUCUUUGAUCAGUCUCCACCCCCGGUUCCGAUUCCGAACACGCCAAAUACUGCCGAAAGAGCGGCAACAGGACCAGGUUCACCCUCUACUGCUCUUCAUCACCAACGCGCCGGCGCCUCGGUAGGCCUCUUCGCAAACGGUCUACACCCCUUGUACUCUCUCGGCCUCGGUGACGUGAUCAAGCAACACGGUUACGAAUGCGACGACGUAGCCCUCUGGUUUAGUUCUGUAUCUCCCAAGGACAAUGGCAAAUCUAACGAGCUCCAACAUAUUAAAACGGCCAGAAAUGCAUUCUGGUCUCAUGAUUUCCAGACUGGCGUAAUGUAUUUCGAGAGAGCAAACCUACAAGCUCUCCUUGUGAACCGCGUACGUGAACUCGGUGGUGAAGUCCGCUGGUCCAAAAAGGCCGUCCGCUUCGACGCUCCGUCGCCUCCAGGUAGGGACCAAACCCGCGUGAGCUUUGCGGACGGUACACAUACGGACGUCGACCUGCUCGUCGGCGCGGAUGGCGGUUACUCCCCCGUCCGCCGCCACAUACUCGCCCUAAGGAAUCCAAACACCGCAGAAGAGCGGUGGUUGCCGGACUCCAUGGGCAUGACGGGCAUCUACGGAAUAUCCUCUGCCGACAAGCUUCCCUCGACUCACGUCCCCGAGCGUCCCUUCAAUGAGACGCACUGCGUCUUUCUUCCAGAGGGCUUUCUGUCUACGGGCCCGUGUCCAGAGGGAAAAUUCAGAUGGGAUUUGGUUCUCCCCGAAUCAGCAACACCAGAUACUCCUGCCUCCGGGGAACCAAACACUUCUGUCACGUCGGCAGCUUCCCCUUCUUCGGAAAGCGAACCAUGGCUAGGGGCGAUCGUGCCUGGCCAAUAUCCCGUGUCCGCCACUGCCCACAUUCUCCGCUCCCGCCUUCGCGCCAGGCACCCCUUCACAGGCGACUUCGAAAUGAUGCUCAACACAGCAGACCGCAUAAUUCACACACCUCUCCGCCAGCGCGCCUGGAAAGAGGACGAGAUCCAGUGGGCCGGCGGUGGAAGCAACAUAGUUCUCAUCGGUGAUGCCGCGCGACUCAUGCUGCCCACUAGCGGCCAGGGCACCGGAUUUGCAGUGGAGGAUGCGACUGUGCUGGCGAGCAUGCUUCUGAAGCAUUGUUCGUCGCCUACGGAUACAGAUGGUACAUCGGAAGACGGCUUCCAUGCCGCUCUCGAAGAAUAUGCGCGCAGCAGGACAACUAGGUCGAAGAAGAUGGCCGCGGUAGCGUCGUGGGCGGGGUCGGUUUGGAUGGGAACGACGUGGUAUCACAAGCUAUUGCGAUAUGGGAGCGCAAGGCUUACCCCCAGCGUUGAUUUGAAGACUAAGCAAGGCAAAGAUGCAUGGCCUAUGGAUGGGCGUUUCAACGUCGAGGUGUAA